UGUAAGAAACGGACUGAUUUUCAUCACUAUGCCUUUACUUCAUUAUGCCUUUAGUUAGAUUUUCGUCGUUGCUGUAUGAAUGGUUUUGUUUAUUAUUCGCUUACAGCGUGCAUGCAAGUAUACGAUGUGAUGUAGGAGACAUUAAAUGUGUUUUAAAGCGUAUUUGAAGUGUUGAUGUAUUAAGAUGGAUAUAUCGCUGUAUACUAUAUAUAACUAUUUUUGCGUGUUUCCAUGUAAAUUCUUGUUGAUUUGUUUUUAAGGGCCAUUUCAAGUCAAGGUCAGACGAUUUGCUUCGAGUGUUCAGAAAUAUAUCUAUAUUAUAUUACUCGGUUAAAGACAUGUAAGACAUAGAUUCAUUCUUGUAACCCAUUACUGGCUGCAGGAUGUUUUUGACUCUGACGCUUCUGCGGAAGGGAAUCCCAGGAAAGCAGUGGAUUGGGAAGUACCGUCGACCACGGCCAGUCACUUGGCAGAUGAAACGCAAUACGAUUAAGCGCCUGGAACAGGAAGCAGAGAAUGAAUACUGGAUCAGCCGGCCAUUCAUGACGCAGGAACAGGAGCAAGGCCAUGCAGCACAGAGACGGGAAUGGAUGUGGCAACAAAUCAAAACUACACGACAAGCCAAGUUUCCUGAACACAAAUACGUUGCAGACCAACUGAACCACCUGAAAAUCACCAAGACCUGGCCCAGCUAACCAGAACAUCAAAGACUGAUGCAUCUCAGAGCUUGGAGAGCGAAAUUGAUGAAAACCUAGGACUUUUUGUGUUUGAUUUGAUAUUGUCUGCAUUGUGCAUCUGAUAUGUGCUGUGUUUAUAAAUGACUUCUGAUUAUCA